CAGAGCAUGACCCAAUGCCAGAAACUAAGGAUGUCUGGUAGGGAUAAAAACAUUCUGUGGGGAUUAAUGCUUCAUUUUACAGUGGCUGCAUGUCAGAGUGUGCAUCAUCCAUCUAAUGUUUGUGCCAUGACCGGGUCGACUGUCACCAUCCCUUGCACCUUCACCCCCCUGAGGACCUGUUGUAGUCCUACAGGACCACAGGUCAAACUAAAGGUUGUCAGAGUCAGGUGGUGUUCAAACCAUCUCAUAUGUCACGGUACCACCCCAUCAGUGUAUGACAGCGAGUUCAAAACCACAGACCUCAACCGGGAAUCCAGAUACAAAUACCUGGGAAACAAAACUGGAGACUGCACUUUACAGAUCAGAAAUGUGGAGAAAAGUGAUGAAAGCAUUCUGCGCUUCAGGAUGGAGGUGAAUUACUCAGUGGGACAUUUCACAGAGCCGUCAGGAGUGAACCUCAAAGUGGUCGAAAGUAUGAAGCUGAAGGUAACACAUGAUGGAGCUUUGAGUCCAGGUGGGAGCCUCUCUCUGUUCUGUUCAGCUCAGUCACAACACUGCAGCUUCCAGAACAUGGAGGUCACCUGGAUGAAAGAUGGCCACACCCUCUCUGAGAAAGGCCCCGCCCUACGGAUCAACGCGCUGACAGCAGGGGAUUCAGGGAACUACACAUGUGCUUUGAAGAAUGUCAAGAAUACAGGCUCUGCAGCGUUCAGCCUGAUUAUGAAUGUAGAUGAAGAGGACAGUGAUAAUCUGAUUUUGACGGUCGGUGUGGUGUUCGGGGCCCUCUUGGCUCUGUUCACUCUCAUUCUGCUCUUCAUCAUCUUUAAAAGGAAGCGUGCUGCUGCGGCCCAUGAGGGUCAUACAAGUGUUGGAGAGGAAACAAGUGUAAAGUCUGAUCACAUCUACAGUCACAUAGUUCUGUCUGAUGGGCACAAAAUCACUCAAACCGUGGACGACGUCAGCUACGCCGCCAUACUGUUCAAACACACCAAGCAGAGCAGUUCUAAUAGAGGAAUUGCGGGCAAAGAGGAGGCCGUCGUUUACUCUUCAGUCGUCUGCAGAUGAUGAUGGUGAUCAAGUCUCUUCUUCUACCAUGUGACUGUGUGGUGCUUGUGGGAAAUGGUGUUUGUUAACAGUCACCAAACACUUUUAUAAUAAAACAUCUAACUGGUUUCUUAUUCCUGUUUAAAGUAAAAAAGAUGUUUGCAUUGCAUGUGUUUGUUUUUCUGACACUUGUAAGUAUAUUAAGGUACAAAGUAAAGGUCAAAGUUCAUCUGUUUUUGUUUCUGUUUUUUUGUUUUUGUUUUUAAUGACAGGCAGAGUUUGUUGCUGUUUUACAUUAUAUCACUGAAACAUUCUCUUAAUUUCAUUUUUUGUUGAAAACUUUUACAGACACCACCAACACAGACACAAAGAUAUUUAUGAAAUGUUAUAAAUAAGUGUAAUAAAUCUAUACCUGUGAGGAGCAGCUUAUUUACUUUUGUAAAUUUCUCUCUUCAUUUUAGGUCAUAGCCGCCUGAGACCCAGCAAUAUAUUUUUGUCCUGUGUUGGGGACAAGAAUUUCACAGCUUUAAUUUAAAAACAUUUUCUGGG